CUCUUCCCAACGUCACCACCUCCCUCUCAUCUCCAUAUCCUCCAAAUGCUAAGUCUAUCCUCUAUCUCUGUCGUCUAUCUCUCUCAUAUUUCUCACUUUCUCACUUCUCAACUGCCUAAACUCCCCUAUAUUCAACCAAAGCCAUUCCCGACAGCGGCCCGAUGCCCUCCGAUCAUCCCCCGACUCCCGAGAAAGUGGCCUGAUUUUUAGUCGUUAGCUGCGUUCUCCGCACCAGGGUUGGUCCAGACACAAGCAAAGACCAAGACAAUCAGGUAGGGAACGGUGGCGGCAUAUCUCGAUUUUUCGUCUCCUCUUCCUCCUCUCGUCACUCUUCUUCCUUUUCUCGUUACUGUACUACUAUACUAUAUUCCUGUUACUGUUCUCGAUACCUGAUUUCUACUCCUGGUAUACAAGGCAGCUCCCCGUACUGCAUCGCAUCGAAAGUCUUCGUGCCGCGCUUAUCGUGAGACAUACCACUGAGACAAUCCAAAUCACCAUCUGCUUCCCUUCUGUCUACCCCGCCACGACACAGCACUCACCAGCAUACUGGUACCCCGCACACCUCACACGACACCCUCAUCUCACCUCAUAUGCAAAGCACCAAGAUGUUCCCCGACGUCCACCGCGCCGCCCGGCGCCGCUACUCCAUCCUCCCCGUCCCCAAGGACCUUAUCCCCAGCACGGGCGAGAGCAAGGCGCAGAUCCUCUGGGUCGGGUGCUCGGACAGCUGGAUCACCGAGACGGCGGCGCUGGAUGUGCUGCCGCAGGAGACGUUUGUGCAUCGCAAUCUGGGGAGCGUGAUGAGUAAUGGGGAUUUGAGCUCGGCGAGUGCGAUUGCGUAUUGUGUUGAUUUGUUGGAGGUGAAGCAUAUUGUCGUCUGCGGACACUACGACUGUGUACUAUUCAAGGAGGCCAGCGAGGCCCCAACAGCGAUAGACGGGUGGUACGAAGACCUCUCCCGCCUCCGCGCCGCCAACGACGCCCUCCUCCCCGACCUAGAGACCGUACAGCGUGACCGCCACCUCGCGGAGGUCUACGUGCAGGCUGAGGUUGAGUGGGUGCGCUCGCAGCCGACGGUGGCGAAGGCGAUUGCGGAUCGUGGGUUGAAGGUGCAUGCGUUUGUGUUUGAUAAGGAGGAGGAGGCUUGUGUGAGGCUUGUGGAGGAGGGGGGUGAGGAGGGGGGGGUGGCGGAGGCGAAUGGGGGGCCGAAUGGGGUUGUUGCGUAA